GAAUACACUUGAGUUGGUCGAGUGUGUUUGUAAUUGUGUGUGUUUGGUUUAACAUCCGUGCAUUUGUGUGGAUGAAUGCUCUCUGUCUCGUUUACUCCGUUGGUUUCGAGUUGACAGUGUGUUGUUGUCAUUGUUGGCAUUGUCUUCUGUUUUUGUGUAUCUCAAUUCACACAAAAAAAAAGUAUUUCGUUCGUGUAUAUUUAUUUCUUUUUUUCCAUCAUCAUUUGAAUUUUGUUGCGAAACGUCAAGCGCCAAGUAACAGAGUACACGCAAUUUUUGCACAGCCACCAGUGAAGUAACCAAAACAAAGAGAAGAAAAAUAGAAGAAAAUCCAAUCGUACACACAAUUUUGUUAUUGUUGUUUAUUUUUUCUCGUCUUAAUUUCUGUUUUGUCGCAACAUAUUCGUAUGUGUUUGCAGAGUCUUGACUUCUGUUUCGUUUACAAACAGCAAAGUCAAUAGCCAACACAUUUUUUUUCCCUGUUUCCAUCAACGAAUUCAUUUUGUGAUUCGAUUUCAAUCGAAUUGUAUUUAGAAAUAAAAACCAAGUGGAGUGUUUUGGAUUCGUACCAAACGAACGAUAAAAAAUAAACAAUAAUUCCGUGGAAGUGUAGACAUUGUGUAUUUGUGUAUGUGUUUGGAAUGAAAUCAUUCACGUUUCGACCUUUUACCUUUAAAAUUCGAUGCCGUUGCUAUACAAAGUUGACAAAGCAAAACUAGUUUUUUUUUCUCUCUCGUGCGCGCUUCAUUUCGGUGAACUGAUCACUUUGUAGCAAAGAAGAGAGCAUUUUUUUUUUCGUGUGCAAAAACUAAUCUAGAUGUGCCACUCAAUAGUGAUUAAAAAUUGAUUGAUACCGUGAAAAAAAAAAUUGUGAAAUUGUGCGCAAAACACUAGAGUGGAUACUUACGGAAAUUUACGAAAUUCCAAUAUUAUCAAUUGCAAUAAUAAACAGCAACCACACACAUAGCAACGAACGAUGUCUGAAUCAUAUGAUUAUUUAUUUAAAUUUCUGAUAAUUGGCAGUGCGGGCUCCGGAAAAAGCUGCCUACUACACCAUUUCAUCGAGAAUAAAUUCAAAGAAGACAGUUCGCAUACGAUAGGCGUUGAGUUUGGUUCGCGCAUUGUUAAUGUGGGUGGAUCUGUUGUCAAAUUACAAAUAUGGGAUACUGCGGGUCAAGACAGAUUUCGAAGUGUGACUCGAUCGUAUUAUCGCGGAGCGGCUGGUGCGUUACUUGUGUACGAUACAACAUCACGUGAUAGCUUCAAUGCGCUAUCGGCAUGGUUGAAUGAUGCUCGAACGUUGGCCAGUCCAAAUAUUGUCAUUUUACUGGUGGGCAAUAAACGUGAUUUGGAAGAAGCACGGGCCGUCACAUUCCUUGAGGCAAGCAAUUUUGCCCAAGAGAAUGAGCUCAUUUUCCUAGAAACCAGCGCCAAGACGGGUGACAACGUCGAAGAAGCCUUUUUAAGAUGUUCAAAGAGUAUUCUCGCUAAAAUCGAAACCGGUGAAUUGGAUCCAGAACGCACUGGUAGCGGAAUACAGUACGGCGAUGCUGCUCUCCGAAAUAUUCAGCUCAAACAGAGAAAUUCAUCACGAACGAGCCCGUCUGAUUGCAGAUGUGGACUAUAAUCAUAGGCAUAAGGAACUGAAUCUUAAAACAGAAAACAGAAAAAAAUUUGAAAUUUCAGAAACUUUAUAAAAAAAAAAAGAGAAAACGAAUGCACUAAAAUCGUGUCAAACUGCUGAAUUUACGGGCCAAGGAAAAAUGGACAUUUUUAACUUUAUUUUUUUUUCGAUUGGGUGAAAUUUUUUUAUUUGUUUGAAAAAAAAAAUGUAUUUAAUAUAUCCAAUCUAUCGGGUCAGUCGUUAAGAAUUGAUUGAUACGUAGAAUGCGGUAUUUUAAGUCUCUCUCUUAUUUUUUUUUUUAACAUUUUAAACCCGUUUUCAUUGUCCAUUUUGUCCGUUGCCAGUCAAUUUACUGAAUGAUUCACAAAUAUUUUGUAAUACAGGAUAAGGGAUGUUAAACAGAAUUCCAUAAGAUAGAUUUGCACCAGAGGAUAAAACAAAGUAUAUAUAUAUCAUAUAAUGAGAGCGUAGGUCGUGUCUAUUUUCAUUUGAACAAUAUCAACAUUCGUUUCACACGUCUUCAAAAGAGACAGACAAACGAAAAGAGGGAAACAAAGACAGUGGAAAAGUUUGAAAUGAAAUUGAAAAUUGUUCUGAUGGAAAUGUUGGCAAGAGAAUGGGUUGAAAUUAUCACAUAAAAUUUUCCUUGUUUAAAUCUCUAUGUUCUUUUUCUUUCACUAAAAGUGGCCUUAAAUUACUUUCUUUUCUUCCUUUUUCUUUUUGGGCAAAGAGAGAAAGAAAAAAAAAAUCAAAAAUAUAAUGAAAAUUGUAUUUGCUACCAAAUAAUUUCUAUUCUCUCUUCUUUACAACCAAAUUCGGCUUUGAACAAUCGAUAAUUAUAUGUUAAACAAAAAAAAAAUAUCUUAUUUUGCUGGAGAGUUUCGCCUCACCUAUUGUUUACCCUCAAUAAAAAUCGUGCACUUGCACAUUUGAAAAAAACCGUAAUGGUAAA